GCGACCGGUACCACACCGGACGAGGCUGAGACGCCGUCUACGGCCAGGCGGGCCACAGCUCAGGCACGCGCGUCUUAGUUCUGAGUUGCCGUGUGGAAGCCACUGAGAUUCGGGUUCGAGGCCCGCACGACGACUCCAGAACGCGUGCUUCCUUUGUCAAUCGGUGCUUUCGCAGUGUGCAGCGGCAUGGCUUCAACGGUGUCCCGGCCCACGUCAUGAUGGUUGAGGCGAGCACCGGGGUUUCAUGUUUUGACGCCGGCCCAUCGACUUCUCGUCCGUAUUGUGAAAACGUGCUUGUGGGCGACGUCGUGAAGCCUUUGUGUCUGUCUCCGUGCAAUCAGUUUCACUUGGUUCCUUCUAGGCCGUCCUGCUCUCGUGGCUGUGCGGUCCGCGUGUGAGUGUUUACGAGCGUCACGACUUCGUGCGGGUGCGUUUUGCCGCUCCAUUUAUCCUGGAAGACCACCUCGCGACGUGACACGUGGGGAGCACGACGUUUCUUGCUGACCUCACGCGGCUGACUUGGGUGGCUUUGCUAGUCUGUCUUCCUCUUUUCGGUAUGUCAGAGUUUCGGUGGUGGCACAGCAUACGUGAGCAUAUUGAUAUACAACUGACUGUCAGCAAUUAGUGUCCGUAAUACUAAGUAAAAAAAAAACACUGCGUGAGUAAUUGGUGCACAACACAGCUAAGGCGUGCCUUAUUCUGCACGGUCAUUCGCACCUGCUGGCAUCAAAGUGGCCAAGUGAGUAGCGCAUAACUGAUGAUGGUGUUACGGAAGAAACAACCCAUCCAGCCGCACGAAGCAGAAUAUUUGUAAUCACACAAAAAGGAACACUUCACUCAAGAUGUUGCAAGUGUUUACCGGAAACGUUUCAUGUACGCCGAAACACCGAUGAAAUAUUAGCGGGUAACUUUGUUAAAGGGCAUAUAACCCGUCGUAGCCAUACUACUGUUAUUGCUUUACAUUCCCGUACAUCUUUUGCCCAAAAAGGACAUUCAUACCCAUUGCGCUGCAAGUUUUUAUGUAUUUAUCUUUCCUAAGGGGAAAGCUUGACAAGACAUCGUAGGAAAUUUGACAGAACGUAAGCGUCUAAGAGACUCUGGCACCGGAGUCAACUGCUUGCCGAAAAGUAGUGCUUGCCUGCAGAGAGUUAUUUGUCUAUGCUAUGACGCUAACAUGCACAGUUAGACGUUCCUCCUUGUCGGCUUCGUACUCGCAUCCGCUCUAUGAAGGCAUGGCUGAUAUCUCUCCACUAAUGUUCUACGCAAUUCGCUAAGGAAGUUGCGUGCUAUAGAUAUUGAAUAUGUAUAACAGUCGCUUGCUGGGGGCGAGUUCUUGAAUAGUUGAACAGGGACGGAAGAAGCGAAAAGACGCGAAAUAAUCAGAGAACGUGCGCGGGACACACGCAUGUCCGGGAAGGGACAUUUGGAUAGUGCUGGCAAGGACGAUUUUCAGUACACGGUCCUCCUGCUUACAUUGCCAUUGCUCAGACUGUUCUUGAACACAUUGCCAAAGGCUACUCCCUUGACCGCAAUUGAUUCUACGUCUCAGUUUUCAACCCGUGAGCGUUACUUAGAACAAUACGCAAUGUGAUGAAUCAUGUCCUGGAAAAAGCAUUUCCUUCGGGUUACCCAUUCGUUGAGCUACAAUGAUUUGCCCCUAGUCGGACUAUACUUCUUUGAGGAAAGCUUUAUAUCGCUAAGAGAGGCCCAUUACCUCACAAUUUAAAAAAGGAUCACCGGUAGAUGAUCCUGUAAGUACACCGCUGUAGAGUUCUUAUCACUUUUGCACACUGCUGCAUUCCGCCCAAACGGAAAUGGCCACAGUGAUGUACAUUGAAGAAACCGUUAGAAAUUGCUGUCUGUUCAGCAAAGAACGAUAAUAAAUGGAACCGAGAGGCCCAGUAUUUAUUAUCCAGCAGUUUCAACAACGAUUUACUUAGGUAAAAUCACUCAAUCUGAGAAGAGUUAGCAGAAAACAGUUGUCUAUAAACAACAGUUUCAGAAACAAUUAUUAGGUAUUCUCGCAGUUUAAAUUCUUGCGAUCUGCAUAAGCGACCCCGGCUGCGGGCUUUCUUAAAAAAGGUGCACAACAAAAAUAAAUUUGUACGUAUACAAGGUUCUGCAACAGCUUUCAUAUUGCUUUUCACAAAAGCGAGUGCCACAUACAGUAGCACGAGGUUUCCGUGACAUGGGCUUCUUUUCCGCACCUUACAUAAACGUGUCGAAGGCGCCUGGGCGGUGUGGCGUUCCUUCUCGAAGUGAAGAGCUCCGUCACCACGCACCAGUGAUCGUGACAACACUUCACUGACCCCGCACGCGGAGCGCCGCCUGUGUUUCGUCAGGCCGAACAGUCCGCAGACUUGCCGUGACAUGCGUGCGCCAUGGUGAUUGCACACGUGGGCGGCACCGCGCAGUUUUUGGCCCGAUAUGCGGCAGCCUUCCAUUAGCGCGAAGUACAUGAGCCGAGAAAGGUCAAAUAUCAUCGUGCUUUCCGGGCCAGUAGGCGGAAGUCCAUGAAGAAGUCUUUGCCGUUUUUUUUUUCUCUUCUGCUAUUUGUCCCGCAUACGCCGAUGGCAUUGCGACGUUGAUGCAUGCGAGGUUUGUUGACUUUCAAUGUGCAGGUAGUUCGCCGCGUAAGGGCCUCUCGAUAAAGUAAGUAUUCUCUCUAAAUGAACGCUCUCCAGUGAAUGGAACAUCCAUUUAAAGAACAUUCGCUUCAAAACCUCAUGCACCUUCCAAGCAACACGUGAACAUCUGCUACUAUCCGGAGCGGGGCUUCUGAUUGGUUUCUGCUUGUAAGAACUGAUCUGUACAAUGGCAAGACGGUGUUGUCUACAUGUUUCUUUACCUCCAUGUAGAUGUGAUGCUUUCACAUAGCCGUAGAAUGAAGUGUUUUCUUCAGAAUGUGUGGCAUCCGGCCGGCUUUUUGCGAACUAGGUUCUUGCCGUAGGCAGCUUGCGUCAUUGUGUUGCGCACGUGCACUGACAGUCUCUUUUUUUUUUACGCCGCCGAAUGUUAGUUACGCCACAGAAGCUCGAUCUGUUCGUGCAGAGGACAUUUAGCUUGUGUCCUACACAACGCUUGGAAGUUUCGUUCGAGAAGCAGUCCCACGGGAGCAGUAGACAGUCUUGUUGUCUCACAAAAUAUUAGCCGUGCGGAUAAGCCCGCGACGCGCCUCGCCGCCUUUUGUUUAUACACGGGUCUCGACUCAAUUGCUAAGACUUGGUGACAUUUCGUUUUGGCAAAAGAAGCGGCCAGCGGCUAAUCACACUCGGACUGAGUGACGAAAGAGAAAAUAGACAGAGGCCUACGACGAGGAAAGAGAACAAAUCUCGACGAAGAUGAUUGACCAGAGGCGACGACCGUGUCGCAAGGCGCGUCGCCCAACUCUCCGUGCAGGCGGCCAAUAGUGCGUGCGUAGGCUUCUUGCGCGCGAGAAGCGUUCGUCGCACCCGCGUCGCCGGGCGUCUCCACGUGCUCGCUGCUGCCGUCGGUGGUGGGAUGCUUGGCUCACGUGGCCCCUCGGCCGGCCAGACUCCAUGGUGGUGACGACGAGGCGUCUGCGGUGCGGCGCCCUGCUCUCGUGUUGUCUUCUUCUCCUCGUGCGCGCGGGUGAGCCGUCGGUCAGCUACUACGACGUCCACACUGUCGACGCUGUCGGUUUGAACGAGACGGGACCUUGGGACGUCUUCUUGAACGACACCACUCUCGUGCUCAGCUUGGACCCGGUGAACGCCAGCGACGCUGACGGCGAGCUGCUCUCUUCGUCGUCGCCCUCCGUGGAGCAACACUACGACCUGUUGCCGUUACGGAAUGAUUCGGCGCCGCUGCUGGAGUAUCGGGAACCGUUCCCGCCACCUUCGGCAUCCGUGGAGGUGGACCGUGACGCGCGCAAGACGGUGUACCUGCUCGGCCUGUUCGAACUCACGGGCAGCUGCGAGGCCGCGAAGGGCGGUCGUGCCGAGAGGGCCGCGGCGCGGCUGGCCAUCCGACACGUCAACGAGCGCCACGUGGUUCCCGGGCACGUGCUCGAGAUGUACGACAACGACACGAGGUGUGACGCCGGAGCGGCUAUCAAUGCUUUCUUCCACGCCAUCUACCGGAAGCAGCAGAUGACCAUGCUGCUAGGCACCUCUUCUUCUGAGGUCACCGAGCGCCUCGCCAAAGUGGUCAGCUACUGGGGCGUGCUGCAGAUCUCGUUCGGCAGCCUGAGCCCGGUGUUGAGCGACCGGGCGGGCUUCCCGCUCUUCUUUCGCACCGUGGCUCCGGACUCGUCGCACAACCCGGCUCGUGUGGCAUUGCUGCGCCGCUUCCGCUGGGAUGCUGUGGCCACCUUGCACGAAGACGACGAGCUCUACGCCUUGGCCAUCAACGAGCUGCUGACUCAGCUGGAGAGCGCCAACAUCGCCGUCUCAUCCUCGGAAAGCGUCACACGAAACGAUUUCCUCGAGCAAAUACAGGAGCUGAAGAACACCGACAGCCGCAUCAUAAUUGGCAGCUUCUCCAGGCACAUGGCGCGCAAAAUAUUCUGCGAGGUGUACAAGCAGGGCAUGUACGGCUCCGACUUCCAGUGGAUCGUGCAGGGGGGCCUCGGCGAGUGGUGGCUCGACCCGUCGGGCACGGACUGCUCGGCCGCGCAGCUUCGCGCCGCUGCCGACAACGUCAUCACGGUGGCCGCUUACACGGGGCGCCUGCCCAACCGCGCAAGCGUCUCCGGCCUGCAAAUGGACGCCUUCCGGCGGGAAUUGGACGCUGAACUGGAGUCCGAGCUGCGGCCGGGCCUGGAGCCAGCGCUGCCGGCCACAGCCGCCGGCUACCGAGGCCACGUAGCGCAGGCCUACGACGCCGUGUGGACCGCUGCGCUGGCGCUGCGGUCAGCCGAGCUGCUCUGGAGAAAGGCCAGCUUGAAUCUAACCGUGACGGACUUCCGCUACGAGAAGCUUCUGCCGGAGACCGGCGGAGGCGACAGCUACGGCUGGAACGUGACCGCUGAGCCGCUGCCUCCGCCACAGGAGCGCCGCAUGGCCAACUACUUCGACCGAAUCAUUUCGCGGCUGCAUUUCAACGGCAUCUCGGGCCCCCUCUCGUUCUACGGCAGUGACCGCGUCGGCAUCACCGAGUUCCAGCAGAAUCAAGGCGGGUUCCUACGCAAGGUGGCCUUGUACAUACCUGACUCCAAGACACUAGACUUCUCUUGUAUAAGGUGCCGCCCCAUCAUCUGGCAAGACGGCGAGCCCCCCGUGGCGCGGCGCACCGUCAAGCUGAGCGUGGCGACCAUCCAGCGCAGCGUGUUCAUCUCCGUGUCGGUGCUGGCCACCUUCGGCAUGCUGCUGGCCAUCGCCUUCCUCGUGUUCAACCUCUACUACCGCAAGAGCAAGUACAUAAAGCUGUCCAGUCCCAAGCUGAACAACAUGACGGUGGUGGGCUGCUUGCUUGUCUACGUAGCGAUCGUUGUCCUUGGCCUAGACUACGGCACGCUGGGAAGUGACACGCAUUUCGCCGUCUUCUGUACCGUUCGGGCCUUCCUGCUGUCGGGCGGCUUCUCCCUGGCUUUCGGGGCGAUCUUCAUCAAGACAUACCGGGUGCAUCACUUGUUCGUGCGCGCCUCCAGCGGCGUCAUCAAGAACAAGCUCCUCCAGGACCAGCAGCUGAUUGCACUCGUCUGCGUUCUGGUACUUAUCGACUGUGCGAUUGUCACCCUCUGGGUGACCUGCGAUCCCAUGGAAAGGACAAUGAGAAAUCUCACCAUGCAGAUCUCCAAGUUGGAGCGGGACGUGGUGUACCUGCCGCAGCGCGAGCAAUGUCACUCGGAGCACAUGGCCAAGUGGCUGGGUGCCCUGUACAUCUACAAGGGCCUGCUGCUCGUCGUCGGCUGCUACAUGGCCUGGGAGACACGCAACGUCCAGAUACCGGCGCUCAACGAUUCGCAGUACAUCGGCAUGAGCGUCUACAACGCCGUCAUCACCUCGGCCCUCGUGGUGGCGCUCGCCAACGUCAUCUCGACGGAGCGCUACACGCUCACCUACGCGCUCGUCGGCACGCUCAUAUUCGUCUCCACGACCACCACGCUGUGCCUGCUCUUUCUGCCCAAGAUCCACGCCAUCAUGAACAAUGCCGAUGCGGACGCCGUGGUGGCGUCUUCGGGCGUGCGGGUCGAGUUCAAUACCCGACGAUUCGCCAUCGACGAGCGCCGUGAGCUCUACUACCGCACCGAGGUCCAGAGCCGCGCGUACGCGCGCGAAAUCGCGCAG